AUGGCAAAAUAUGUAGUCCCAAGUGCAAUAGUUGUUGAAGUCCUCAGUAGUGACAACUAUGAGAACUGGAGAUGCUGUAUGAAAAGCUACUUGUUAGCUCAAGGUCUAUGGGAUAUUGUUGAACCAACUACUGGAGCUUCUGAUGACAAGAACGCGGAAGUUGACUCUAAGCCUCCUGAUAGUGAAGAAGCUGCCAAAGCCAACUCUCAAACUUCUGAUAAUCAAGAAGCUGCGCCCGUUGUUGAUCCACUUACCAGACCUCCCAAUGAAAGGGGCUCUGAAGUCGACUCUAAGGCUCCUGAUAAUGAAGAGGUUGCCAAAGCAGACUCUCAUACUACUUCUGAUAAUCAAGAAGGUGCUGGAGCAGACACCAUUGCUUCUGAUAAUCAAGAAAUUGCUAAAGCCGAUUCUAAGGCUCCCGAUAAUCAAGAAGGCGCUCAAGCCAACUCUAAGAAGGAUGUUGAUGAUCAAGAAGUUGCCAAAGUCGACUCUAAGGCCCUUGAUAAUCAAGAAAGGGCUCAGACUAAUUCCGAGGCUUGGUGUAAAAGGAAUGCAGCUGCUUUACAUACAAUUCAAAUUUCAUGUUCACCAGACAUACUUUCCAAGAUUAGGACCAUUGAUUCGGCUAAAAAAGCUUGGGAUGCUUUGGCAAAUAUGCAAAAAUUGCAGCUACAAACAGCUGAACCACUAUCACCAAGAGUGAAAGCAGGUCUUGUUCAGAACGCAUAUAAAGGGAAUUGGGAUUCUGUAAAAGGAUUUCUUGACCAUCAUCCGAAAGCAAUAAAUGCUAAUAUUACAUCUUAUGGGGGAACAGCUCUUCAUGUAGCGACUGUCGGCGGAAAUGUGAAAGUUGUGGAAAAGCUGGUAGAGUUUAUGUCACCAGAAGACUUGGAAAUAAGGCUAUAUUGCAUUGCAAGCUUGGAGCAUAAAAAUGGUGAUAUUUUUCGUAUGUUGAACCUCUGA